UGUAAGAAUGCAAAGUUGGGCCUCCUUUUUCUCUUGGUCUGUGCUAAAAGGAGCUUGUUACCUUUAUGGAAGGAUUUUGUUGUUGUUUUUGUUAGAAAGAAUUGAAAACAAUUUCCCCCGGGAACAGCAGGUUCAAACUCAGAAAAUGAAAUACAAGUCUUCCUUGGUGAUGAGGAAACGGUUGCGGCUUUACAGAAACACCCUGAAAGAAUCAAGUAGCAGCUGUGGACACCAUGGGCCCCAGCUCGCCGCCGCCACCGCCGCUUCGAGCCCCUCGGUAUUUCCGGGCCUUCAUGAGCAACCUCCUCAGGCCUCGCACAACCGUCCUUUGAACGGACUCCUGCGUCUGGGGCUCCCUGGAGACAUGUAUGCGAGGUCGGAACCCUUUGCACCGGGGCCUACGGCCCGCAGCGACACUUUGGCCACAGCCACAGCCCUGCACGGCUAUGGCGGCAUGAACCUGACCGUGAACCUCGCCGCACCCCAUGGCCCCGGAGCCUUUUUCCGCUACAUGCGCCAGUCCAUCAAACAGGAGCUCAUCUGCAAGUGGCUAGGCGAGGACGGCCCGGUGUCCCCGCGCCCCUGCUCCAAAACUUUCAGCACCAUGCACGAGCUGGUCACGCACGUCACCGUGGAGCACGUCGGCGGCCCAGAGCAGGCUAACCACAUCUGCUUCUGGGAGGAGUGUCCGCGACAGGGCAAGCCCUUCAAAGCCAAAUACAAACUUGUAAAUCACAUCCGCGUGCAUACGGGCGAGAAGCCCUUCCCUUGUCCUUUCCCAGGGUGUGGGAAAGUCUUUGCUAGAUCAGAAAAUCUCAAAAUACACAAACGAACACAUACAGGCGAGAAGCCCUUCAGAUGUGAGUUCGAGGGCUGCGAGCGGCGUUUCGCCAACAGCAGCGACCGCAAGAAGCACUCGCACGUACACACGAGCGACAAGCCUUACAUGUGCAAGGUGCGCGGGUGUGACAAGUGCUACACGCACCCCAGCUCUCUGCGGAAGCACAUGAAAGUCCACGGUCGCUCGCCGCCACCCAGCUCUGGCUACGACUCAGCAAUACCGUCCGCUCUCACGUCUCCCUCUUUAGAAAGCGGCCGUGAGCCCCCGAUAGCCUGCACAGCGGCGGUGGCGGUGCGUGGCACAGACAUGAGCGAAUGGUACGUGUAUGUUGCUUGCAAGGUAAUCUUGCCCUGCGCAGCUGAGCGCCGGCAUCUUGCGCCUGCGACAUCAAAGGGCUCUCUCACAAAGCAGUGUUUCUUCGCCACGGUGCAUCUUCAUGCAGCUAGUUUGGUUUUGAUAGCUGGUUUUGGCAAAAGCAAAGAAAAAUCUGCAGCCCGAAAGGAAGAUUCAAAGUGUUUUAAGGACGCUCAAAAUGUAGCGUUGUGGCAGGUCUGGGCCACUAGCCCUAUUAGAAGGGAACAGUGCAUGGAAAAGGGCGAGAAACCUGCACUUGGCGGGGCAUUGUUUGGGGGAUUUGAGCUGGGGCUGGGGCAGCAGCAGCCGCAGCCAUACAGUACAGUUUCCAUAGCAACGCAACCUGCUGCUGCCGCCGCCAAAGUUGAAGGCACUUGA